AUGGAAGAAGAAAAUAUUCUCCAGCCCACUAAUGAAGUUCAUUUGGAGGCUCUGCAUUAUGUUUUUAUACCCAGAAUACAGAAUCAUUUAGAUGAAUUCAGAGAGGCAUUCAUCAGAAGACCUCUUCGUACAGCCAACCAGAAAACACCUUUACAGAUGUGGAUUGAGGGUCAAAUUAUUGAUCCAUUUGAAAGUUUAACAGAGUCUGAUGUUCUUUUAUAUGGUAUAAGCCAAGAGGGUUUGAUGACCUCAAGUGAUGAGUUACAUGGAGUCUGUGUAACUGAAGCAUCUUUGAGUGAGGAAAACAGACAAGAAUUAUCAAGACAAAUUGAUCCUUUGUCAUAUUCUCAUAAUCAUGGAAUCGAGUUAUUUUUAUCAACAGUUAAUUUUAUAUUGGAAAAGCUUGUUUUUUAA